AUGUCUCGACCUACAGAAAAGCUAAGAUUAUUGACCGAGCGUGUUCUGGACGACGACAUCGUAUUCGACAUACUGACUCGGCUACCAGUGAAAUCCUUAAUCCAAUUCAGGUGCGUUUCUAAAUCAUGGUACUCUACAAUCACAAACCCCAUUUUCAUUGCCACACACUUCAAGCUUAACGAAGCCAAAUCAUUAUCCAAUAAAAAUAGUCACAAUGGUUAUCUGCUAUAUACACCUGUAACAGAGGGCUAUUCUUUUCACGAAGAAUUGCGUACACUUGUUUACAAUAGGGACCGCACAGUGACUGAGAUUUCCAGGUUUAUAACCCCCUUUCCCAUUUGUGAUGCCUUCAUGAAUUGCUUCUGUAAUGGCAUCUUCUGCCUUGAUAGGUGUAACGAAAACAAUGGUGAUCAUAUGAUAUAUUUGUGGAACCCAAGCAUUAGAAAGUUUAAGAUGGUUGCUCCUGCUCUUUUGACUGACCCUUUUGAUAGUGCCACCCUUGGACUUGCUUAUCAUUCUCAAAAGAAUGAUUUCAAGAUUCUUAGACUUGUGAGUUUCCCAGGGUCUCUUGGAGAGCCAGAUCCACUGACUGAGGCUGAGGUUUACACAUUGAGUACGGAUUCGUGGAGGAAGGUAGUGUCGGCCGAGUUGUCCGACCCCAACGCUGGACGUCUUUAUCAUCAUUCACCAUAUAUAUUUUUUAACGGAGCACUGCACUGUAUAGCAGCUCAUAAACACUGCAGUUUCAUUUUAUCCUUUGACAUUAAUGAUGAGAGAUUCCAUAAGAUAAUGCUGCCUCUGGAUUUCUUAGAUGUAUACCAAUCAUAUCUUACAGUGUUCAAGGGAUCGCUCGCUUAUAUUAUUAUCUCUAACCGUCUAGCUACUGGGAUCAUUAUGUGCCACAUAUGGGUGAUGAAGGAGUAUGGCGUGGCAGAGUCUUGGACCAGAAAAUGUGUACCAAUCAAUUGGUUUCAUCAUUUCCAUGGCUGCACAGACAAUGGUGAAUUGCUAAUUAUGAUUUUCAUGGGGCUGAUAUCAAUUGGCCCUGAGAAUCUACUUCAGAACAGUCUUAUAACGGAAUCAAAUAUUAGAUGGGCUGGUUGCGCAGCCAAUUCCAUAGAGAGUUUGGUUCUACUUGAUGGGGUAAAUUUGUCAUCUGAAUACAAAGAUUAG